AUGUGGAGUGGCAGGUACGAGUGGGUCGCCAGGGCACGCAUGCUCUGUCCCAUCGGGGAGGGAGGUAAGGGGACUCUGAGUGUCAUUCCUGACAGAUCUCAGUUCUUUGAAUAUGAGUCUGUCUCUCUGAGCUGUGAGGUUCAGGGGAACUCGACUGGAUGGAGAGUGAUGAGGAACGCAGAGAGAGGAAACCUUUCAGAGUGUAGUACUGACUGGGGAAAACAACGGGGGUCUUCAUGCAACGUGUCACUAACACCAUCAGACAGUGGAGUGUACUGGUGUGAGUCUGGGUCUGGAGAACACAGCAAUGCUGUCAACAUCACAGUACAUGAUGGAGCUGUGAUCCUGGAGAGCCCUGCCCUUCCUGUGACUGAGGGAGAUUCUGUGACUCUGCGCUGCAGAUAUCAGGGAACUCCUUCUGACCUCACAGCUGUUUUCUACAAAGAUGGAUCCCUCAUCAGGGCUGAGUCUUCAGGAGAGAUAACCAUCCCUGCAUUAUCCAAGUCAGAUGAAGGACUCUACAAGUGUUCCAGCUCGAAAGGAGAAUCACCAGAGAGCUGGAUGACUGUGACAGCUGGGGGCUCUACCCCAUCCUCCUCCCCUCCCUCCUCCCUCCCCCCCCUCUCUCCUCCUCCCUCUGUCUGUCUCUGGGUUGGUGGCUGCUCUCUCCAUCUCUCUGAUCAUUCUACUGGUCCUGUUCUGCAAGAGGAACAAAGAUGUAGCAGCUGAACGCAGAGAUGUUACGUAUGCUGACGUUAGAAUCAUACAGGAACCAGAACCCAGGAGAAGGAGAGAGAAGUCUCCAGGAGCUGAUCCAGUCUACUCUGCAGUGAAGACCUCCAACACCACAGUUCCAGGUGGAUCCGGUCCAG